AUGCUUCGCACCGCCAUCCGCCCCGCUUCGCGUGUCCAGCGCGUCCUCGCCGCGCGCACGUUCACGUCGUACAACAUCCCUGUCGCGGGCCUCACGCCCGAGCAGGAGGAGUUCCGCGAGACCGUGCACAACUUUGCGCAGAAGGAGAUUGCGCCUCGCGCGGCUGAGAUUGACCGCAAGAACAAGCUGCCAGAGGACCUGUUCCCCAAGAUGGGUGACAUGGGCCUGCUUGGUGUUACGGUGCCCGAGGAGUUUGGCGGUCUCGCUCUGGGUUACACCGAGCACACGAUUGCGAUGGAGGAGAUUUCGCGCGCGAGCGCAAGUGUCGGCCUGUCGUACGGCGCCCACUCCAACCUCAUGGUCAACCAGCUCACGCGCAACGGUACCCGUGAGCAGAAGGAGAAGUACCUCCCCAAGCUCCUUUCCGGCGAGCACAUUGGCUCUCUGGCCAUGUCCGAGCCUGGAGCCGGUUCCGACGUUGUGAGCAUGCGCACCAAGGCGAUCCUCGAUGGCGACAAGUACGUCUUCAACGGUUCCAAGGCGUGGAUCACCAACUCGCCCGUCGCGUCCACGUUCCUCAUCUACGCCAAGAGCGACCCCGAGGUCAAGCCCUCCAAGGGCAUUACUGCAUUCCUCGUCGAGCGCGGGUACAAGGGCUUCUCGGUCGGCGAGCCCCUCGACAAGUUUGGCAUGCGUGGCUCGCCUACCGCCGAGCUCUUCUUUGACAACAUGGAGGUCCCGGCUGAGAACGUCAUCGGCGGCGUUGGCAAGGGUGCCUCCGUGCUCAUGAGCGGCCUCGACUAUGAGCGUCUCGUGCUCUCGGGUGGUCCCCUUGGUAUCAUGCAGUCGGCACUUGACAUGGCGCUCGAGUACUCGCACGAGCGCAAGCAGUUCGGCCAGCCUAUCGCCUCCUUCCAGCUCAUGCAGGGCAUGAUUGCCGACAUGUACACCAAGCUCUCGGCCUCGCGCGCGUACGUCUACGCCGUCGCUCGCGCCGCCGACGCCGGCAAGGUGUCGCGUGAGGACUGUGCCGGUGCCAUCCUCUUCUCGUCGGACCGUGCGGUCGAGGUCACAAACGACGCGCAGCAGAUCUUUGGCGGAAACGGCUACAUCAACGAGUACGAGGUUGGGCGCCUGCUCCGUGACGCGCGCCUGUACACUGUCGGUGCGGGUACCCAGGAGAUCCGCCGUGGGCUCAUUGGGCGCAUGUUCAACGAGGCGUUUGCCAAGGGGCUCGACCACCUCUAA